CGCCCAACGCAACGUCUUCCUCAACCUCCUUGUCGGGUACAGCACAGUCGACAAGAUGCCUACCAGAUUCUCGAAGACAAGGAAGCACCGCGGCCACGUUUCCGCCGGUUAUGGUCGCAUUGGCAAGCACCGAAAGCACCCUGGAGGUCGCGGUAUGGCUGGUGGUCAGCACCACCACCGAACCAACCUCGACAAGUACCACCCAGGUUACUUUGGAAAGGUCGGCAUGAGAUACUUCCACAAGACAAUGAACCAGUUCUGGAAGCCCACAAUCAACUUGGACAAGCUUUGGUCCUUGGUUCCUGCGGAGACCCGUGAAGCCUAUGUUAGCAACCAGAAACCCGAUACUGCUCCCGUCCUAGACCUCCUUUCUCUCGGUUACUCGAAGGUGUUGGGCAAGGGCAGACUUCCAGAGGUCCCGAUGGUCGUACGAGCGCGCUACGUCAGCAAAGAGGCCGAGCGAAAGAUCAAGGAAGCUGGCGGUGUUGUUGAGCUGGUGGCAUAAAUGGAUGGGAAAGGUAUGAUUUUGGCGUGGGAAUAUGCCGGGAAAACCAUCAUUCGAGUCCAGGGUUGAUUUUAUUCUUUCCACUUGCCUGGGGAAAUGGAAACGAAACCGGUGUUGGGCUCGAUAAACUAAAGCAUGUCUGGUUUGGGGUUCAGUGUUUCAUAAUGCCGGUGCCUAAGGAAGACGGACUGGGCAAAUGAACUGCGUCCCUCCUUGUUACGAUCUCAUUGAAUACCAUUCAUAGGUGGAAUGAAUAACCUUCAAAAAACAGAUACCCAAUAUUUUCACCUCCAGACAACCACAUAGGAACUAGAAUGUCGAUCCUAAACUUGUUUCCGCGGC